AUGGCUCGUUCGACAAUAUCCUCCUCCUCUGAGACGGUCAAUGACAGAAACCUCCAACCAACCACUUCAACAGACCCAGAAAAGUCAGGUCCUCAACCUACGGCCAAAACAGAAGCCAACAUACAUCCAGAAUCUGCCAACGCCGUCGUGGCAGAUCUCGAGCGUGGUGACAAUGAUGAGAAGAAACAGGAGCAACCACCAGCAGGCCCUCCACCAGGAAUGGCACCAGCUGAUUUCCCAGAUGGUGGUUUCGAGGCUUGGCUUGUUGUCUUUGGUGGAUGGUGUGCUCUGUUCUGCACAUUCGGCCUUGUGAACUGCGUGGGUGUGUUCCAGAAAUACUAUGUUUCUGGACCGCUUAGGGACUAUGAUAGCUCUGCCGUGAGCUGGAUCACCUCUGUUGAGGUGUUCUUCAUGGUCUUCUGUGGUGCCAUUUUUGGCAGUCUGUUCGACAACUACGGCCCCAAGUACCUUCUCUGGUUUGGGUCGAUCGCCUACAUCUUUGGUCUCAUGAUGAUUUCUUUGUCAAAAGAAUACUAUCAGUUCUUCCUCUCACAGUCCAUCGUCGCAGCCAUUGGAUCAAGCGCUGUCUUCAACGCUUGCAUGUCCUCACUCGUCACCUGGUUCUUCAAGCGUAGAGCUGGCGCUUUCGGUAUCAUGGUCUCAGGCUCGUCUCUCGGAGGUGUUGUUCUUCCAAUCAUGAUGGACAAGAUGAUCCAGAGCGUCGGCUUCCCCUGGAUGAUGCGUACCAUGGCUUUCAUGUUCCUCGUUUUGCUUGUCUUCUCUUGUCUCACUGUCAAGUCCCGUCUACCUCCUCGCCCCAAACCCUUUGUUGUCAAGGACUAUAUCAACGGUCUCCGUGAACUUCCCAUCCUCAUCACUGUCAUCGGUUUCUUUCUCUUCAUGUGGGGCAUGUUUCUUCCCUUUAACUAUGUCCUUCUCCAGGCCCAGGCUGCGGGCAUGUCCGAGACUUUGAUCCCUUACCUGCUACCUAUCCUCAAUGCUGUGAGUAUUUUUGGUCGUAUUAUUCCCGGCAUUAUCGCCGACAAAAUCGGUCGAUACAACGUCAUGAUCAUCAUCACAUUCAUAUCCGCACUCUUUUGUUUCUGUGUCUGGAUUCCUGUCAACGAUACCGCCGGCAUUGUUGUAUUUGCUGUCAUUUUUGGGUUCUCAUCGGGUGGCUAUAUCAGUCUCGUCCCGACUCUCAUCGCACAGCUCUCCGAUAUUCGCCAGAUUGGUACUCGUGUUGGCGCUGCGUUUGCGAUUCAGUCUUUUGGUGCUCUGACAGGAAGCCCCAUCGCUGGAGCCAUCGUGUCUGCUCAGAAUGGUGACUAUCUCGGCCUGCAGUUGUUUUGUGGUUGUUCUAUGCUGGCCGGUUGCAUGUUUUUCGUCUUUGCUCGUUAUGUGCAAGUCGGAUUGAAGGUGGUCAAGGUCUGAGGUCUGUCCAACACGAAUGAAAGAGCAAAUCACAUGCUAGAAAGUCGACGAGUUGGAAAAAUAGGAUCAAGUGCAAAAGCAAAUGGAAUCCACACGAGACACAGGAUGGAUGAAUACAUUCGGAAAAGGUUAACAUUGAGAACGUGAGAUAAUCCGCAUUUAAUGGAGAAGAUGUCGCUAGCUUAUACUGGCGUAAAUAAUGAGAUGACCGUAAAGUCAAAUUAGGACAGACGAUGCUUGUGGCACACACGAAAGAGGAAUAAACCAGAGUAACUAGA